UUUUUCCUGUGUGUCAUGGAUUUCUGUUAUAAAUUGUCUGAUCAAAAAUUGCCUGUGGGUACAUAGAGAUGACACCACUGUAUUCCAGAUGGAGCGCACCUGGGCGUUUCCCAGCAGCUUUGGAAAGAGCUUCAAUUUCAACAUCUCUGAGGAGAGUGCCAUACAUCUUGACAGCAGCUUGGAACCUCACAUGGAACUAACUCAAAAGCAGCAGCCGGCUGAAACGUGGCAAUUUCAGCAUGUACUAGGAAAAAAACACAAUGAGAUGGCAUCAGCCAUUGCCCUGCGCACAUCCCAGCAGAAACCACUAUUUGGAUCUCUUUUGCAAGACGUGUGUGAGAACGACGAGCUGCCACAAGCCAUUUUGGAGAUGCUCUUCAUAAUUGACCAAAAGGGUCCUGCCACAAAGACCAUCUUCAGUCAAUGCGCCAACUGGGAAGACUGUCAAGCCCUAAAGGAGAAGUUAAACUCUAGAGAGCAGGUCAACUGGGAAGCCACAUGCCCUAUUUUGGUAGCAACCGUCUUGAAGGAUUUGCUUCAAAACAUACCUGGAAGUAUACUUACAGCCAACUUGUAUGAAGACUUCAUUGGAGUUGUGGAGGAAGGGAAUGAGGAGGCCAAGAUAACCAUAAUUAAGAGACUUUUCCAACAACUGCCAAAACCAAAUCUUCGUCUCCUGCAAUCCAUCUUUUGCUGUAUACACAAGAUUUCACAAACUUCACCUUCAGAGGAGAUGACAAGUUCUAACUUGGUGUGGUGCAUCACCCCGAGUCUUUUAUGGCCAUCAGUGGCCAGCAUCUCAGAUAAAGGAAUAGAAUGGAAGGGAAAGGUUGCUCUUGUACAAUUUGUGCUUGAUCACUACUUCAAGAUUUUUGGAAACAACCUCACUGCAACCAAUCAAGAGAAUACAAAACACGGGGACAACUACCCUGGAGUUUCUGAAACAUGUAGUAAUCUAAAAACUGUGCAAAUGAAGUUUAGUGAACAGACUUCCACAUCCAACAAUUCUCCCUCAGGUUCUCACCUGAAGCCAGCUCAAAAACAGCACUCUUUUAAAAAGUGGCUAUUCCAGCGUGUCUUAAGCAGAAACCACAAGGUGACACCAGCAACUGCUCUGCACACAUACCCGCAAACACCGCUAUUUGGAUCACUUUUGCAAGAUGUAUGUGAGAAUGACAAGCUGCCACAGCCACUUUUGAAUAUGUUUUCCAUAAUUGAUCAAAAGGGUCCUGUUACGAACGCAAUCUUCAGCAAAUGUGCCAACUGGGAAGACUGUCUAGCCCUAAAGGAGAAAUUAAACUCUAGAGAGCAUGUCGAUUGGGAAACCACAUGCCCUAUUUUGGUAGCAACCGUCUUGAAGGACUUACUUCAAAACAUACCUGGAAGUGUACUUACAGCUGACCUAUAUGAGAAAUUCAUUGACAUUCUGGAUGAAGGGAAUGACGAGGCCAAGAUAGCCAUGAUUGUGAGGCUUUUGCAACAGCUGCCUAAGCCAAACAUCCAUCUCCUGCAAUCCCUCUUUCGCUGUUUGUGCAAGAUUUCACAGAAUUCACCCUCGAAGGAGAUGACAAGUUCUAACUUGGCUUGGUGCAUUACUCCGAGUCUUCUACGGCCACCAAUUGCCAGCAUCUUAGAUAAAGGAACAGAAUGGAAGAAAAAAGUUGCUUUUGUACAAUUUUUGCUUGAUCACUGCUUCAAGAUUUUUGGAGAUAAUCUCACCCCUACCAUCAGAGAUAACAUAACACGUAUGGACCACAAAAUAGAAGCUUCAGAAGCAUGCAGUCAUCCAGAAAAUGUGGAAAUGGGAUUCCAUGAGUUGAACACUACAUCUAACCAUCUCACUUCUUCCUCACAUUCUCACCUGAAGCCUGCUCGACAGAAACAUUCCGUUAAAAAGUGGUUUUCUCAGCGUGUCUUUGGUAACAAGCAUAAUAAGGUGGCACCUACUUUGCCCACUUCUAAACAAGCACCACUGUUUGGCUCACCCCUGCAUGACGUGUGUCGCGAUGGCAAGCUGCCAAAGUCAAUUUCAGAUAUGUUUUCCUAUAUUGAUUCAAAGGGCCAAUUUACAGAGGGCAUAUUCAAAACACGUGUCAAUGGCCAAGCAUAUAGAGCCCUGAGAGAAAAACUUAAUUCUAGAGAAUGCGUGGACUGGACAAGUGAGUCCCCCUAUGUGGUGGCAACUGUUUUAAAGGAUUUUCUUCAAAGUAUACCUGGAAGCCUGUUUACAACCAACCUCUAUGAAAAAUUCAUUGAUGCUUUGGAUGAAGGGAACAACGAGGUCAGAACUGCCAUACUUUGCAGGCUUUUAGACCAGCUUCCCAAAGUGAAUUUUCAUCUCUUGCAAUCCUUAUUCAUAUGUUUAUACAAGAUUGCAUACUCACCGUUAAGUAAGAUGACAUCAUUCGAUUUGGCAUUGUGCCUGACUCCAAGCCUCCUUUGGCUGCCCAUUUCAGGGAGCUCAGGAAGAGGAUCGGAAUGGCAGAGGAAGGUUACACUUAUACAAUAUUUAAUUGAAAACUACACAAGGAUUUUUGGACACAAACUGACUUCCCCCAUGGGAGAAGACAUAGAAAAUCAGGACAAUGUCCAGGACACCUCAGAGAAAAUGGAGCAAUCUGUUGACUUUGAGUGUGUGGACAUCACAUUAAUUGACUAAAAGACCCGGAUAUGGAAGAUGGAAAGCCCACAUCUAGAAUGGGCCCAUCUAACUCUACAUUCUACUGAGACAUUUAGUAUUAACAUCUACACAUUUACAUAUGACUUUGCACACCCAUACUUCUUUUCACACUAAAACUUCUUUAAAACUAUUUACCGGAUUUUCCUAAGGGUGACUGACAUCUUUACCUUUUUUCAAGACAAAAUGGAUUUUCUUGAUGAAGAUUGGUCAUGAAGCACCUUAAAUUCAGACCACCUUUCUGCUUGCCAUCUUACAUGAUCUGUUCUUAAUGGAGUACUCAGUGAGCAUCCUCCAACACAGGAGCUCAGAGUGUUACCAUCACUCCUACACAAGGGAACAUCAAACGGCUCCUACAAAAAUGCUAUAAAAAGACAAAAAUGGAAAGGAUAAAAAUGGAAUUUAACAGAUGAGAUUUUUGGUCAAAAAAUUAAAUUCAUGCAUUUAAAAAAUAAUUUGUAUUUUCAUA